AUGUGCCAACUACAGAAAUGUUGGGGAGAGUGUUGGGGAGAGUGUGUGGGGAGAGUGUUGGGGAGAGUGUUGGGGAGAGUGUUGGGGAGAGUGUUGGGGGGAGUGUUGGGGAGAGUGUUGGGGAGAGUGUUGGGGAGAGUGUUGGGGAGAGUGUUGGGGAGAGUGUUGGGGAGAGUGUUGGGGAGAGUGUUAUGGAGAGUGUUGGGGAGAGUGUUGGGGAGAGUGUUGGGGAGAGUGUUGGGGAGAGUGUUGGCGGGAGUGUUGGGGAGAGUGUUGGGGAGAGUGUUGGAGAGAUUGUGGGAGAGUGUUGGGGAGAGUGUUGGGGAGAGUGUUGGAGAGAUUGUGGGAGAGUGUUGGGGAGAGUGUUGGGGAGAGUGUUGGGGAGAGUGUUGGGGAGAGUGUUGGAGAGAUUGUGGGAGAGUGUUGGGGAGAGUGUUGGGGAGAGUGUUGGGGAGAGUGUUAGGGAGAGUGUUGGGGAGAGUGUUAGGGAGAGUGUUGGGGAGCGUGUUAGGGAGAGUGUUAGGGAGAGUGUUGGGGAGAGUGUUAGGGAGAGUGUUAGGGAGAGUGUUGGGGAGUGUGUUAGGGAGAGUGUUAGGGAGAGUGUUGGGGAGAGUGUUGGGGAGAGUGUUGGCGGGAGUGUUGGGGAAGGUGUUGGGGAGAGUGUUGGGGAGAGUGUUAGGGAGAGUGUUGGGGAGAGUGUUGGCGGGAGUGUUGGGGAAGGUGUUGGGGAGAGUGUUGGGGAGUGUGUUAGGGAGAGACAACAACAUGAAAAUGCUCAGGUGUAGUGGCGGCUUCUAA